UGGUUAAAUGUUGGCAAUAAUAUAAAUAAAUAUUUACGAGAUGAACUUACAUGAAAAUAGUUUUAUAACCAUUAAGCUAGUUAAGUAAAGGAGAAAUACAUUUUUAUAGGUUUUAUUAUCUGUGGAUUUUACAAUGAUUCACAGUUUGUUUAUCAUCAACCAUUCAGGGGAUAUAUUUCUGGAAAAACAUUGGAGAAGUGUUUUGGGACGCUCUGUUUGUGAUUAUUUCUUCGAAGCUCAAGGAAAGGCUACUUCUCCAGAAGACAUUCCUCCUGUAAUUGCAACAGGAUUCAGUUAUCUCAUCAGUAUAUUUCGCCAUGAUCUCUUCUUUGUUUCUGUUGUUGAAAAUGAAGUUCCACCUUUGUUUGUGAUUGAAUUUCUUCAUCGAGUGGUUGACUUGAUCAAAGAGUAUUUCUCUGACUGUACUGAAACAAUCAUUAAAGAAAAUUGUGUCAUUGUAUAUGAGUUAUUGGAAGAGAUGUUGGAUAAUGGAUUCCCUCUUGCUACAGAGUCAAAUGUCCUUAAAGAGUUGAUAAGACCUCCUAGUAUAGUUAGAAAUGUUGUUAAUAAAGUGACUGGAGAUAGCAAUAUGAGCAGUCAUCUCCCAACUGGUCAAUUGUCCAAUGUUCCAUGGAGGAGAACUGGUGUAAAAUAUGCAAAUAAUGAGAUUUAUUUUGAUGUAGCCGAAAGCAUUGAUGCCAUCAUUGAUAAACAGGGCUCAACCAUAUUUUCAGAAAUACAAGGAACUAUUGACUGCAACUGUAAAUUAUCUGGCAUGCCUGAUCUCAACAUGUGUUUUACAAAUCCUCGUAUCCUUGAAGAUGUCAGUUUUCAUCCUUGUCUUCGCUUCAGAAGAUGGGAGUCUGAACGAAUUUUGUCAUUCGUCCCCCCGGAUGGUCGUUUUCGUUUAAUAUCAUAUAACGUGGCAACCGGAGUAAAUAUGCUACCAUUGUUUGCAAAGCCUCGUGUCUUGUUUCAAGAGGGUGGAAGUGGAAGAUUUGAAUUGUCGAUAAGCUCAAAACCAGUUAUGGGUAAAAAUAUCGAGAAUGUUGUCGUGACUGUUCCAUUUCCUAAACAAGUUCUCAACCUUAACUUGACUACAAACGUUGGUACCUAUUCAUUUGAUCCAAUCAAAAAAGAGCUUUCAUGGGAGAUCGGUAAAAUACAAUCUCAGACACCUCCACCUAACAUCAAAGGAAAUAUAUCUUUACAAAGUGGUAUUCCACCUCCGGAAGAGACACCAACCAUAUUCUUAAAUUUCAAAAUAAGUGCAUAUGCAGCUUCGGGAUUGAAAGUCAGUAGACUGGAUAUAUAUGGAGAGAAAUACAAGCCAUUCAAAGGAGUGAAGUAUUACACAACAGCUGGACGAUAUCAGAUAAGAACCUAAGAGUUUGUUCAACAAAAACAGUUCAUUUGGUAAAAAAGUAAUUUGUGAGCAUAAUCGCUAACGGGCAAGAAAAUAUUGACUGGUAUUGAUCUUGUAUCCUACUGAAAUUUACUCAGUUAAUGAAUAUUAAAAUCUCAUAUAAAUUUAA